GUUCAGCCUGAUGCCUCUCCUCAGCCUGAAGCCUCUCCUCAGCCUGAAGCCUCUACUCAGCCUGAAGCCUCUACUCAGCCGGAUGCUUCUACCCAGCAUAAUGAACUGAUCCAGCCUGAUGAUCCUAUUAGGCCAGUUGACUCGAUGCCCGCUGUUGAUCCAGAUGAUCCGGUACCUGAUCCGAGCCCGCUGUCAUACCUGGUGACUCGGUGCCCACUGCCUUGCCAGAUGACGGGGUGCCCGCUGGCGAGCCAAAUGACCUGAUGCCUGGUGACCCAGUGCCCGCUGUCAUACCUGGUGACCCGAUGCCCGCUGUCGAGCCAGACGAUCCAAUGCCAGACGACUCGGUGCCCGCUGUUCCGCCAGUUGACUCGGUGCCCGCUGUUCCGCCAGUUGACUCGGUGCCCGCUGUUCCGCCAGUUGACUCGGUGCCCGCUGUUCCGCCAGUUGACUCGGUGCCCGCUGUUCCGCCAGACGAAUCGGUGCCC